GCAUUAAACAUUUGCAAUAAAAUGUUGUAGCCGUAUUUUGGCCGUUAUCUUAGCUUAUAGUUGACUUAUUUUUUAAUUAAAUGUGUGGUCUACCAGUCAGUUUAUUUGCGUAAAUUAAUGCGUAACUUAUCAGGCUUGUGGUAGCGUUAGAGCGCUAGUAGUUAACUUGUGCUGUUGGGUUAAUCAUGUAAUUCAUGUAAUUUCGAGAUGUUAGAGGAAAAAGCCUGAACUGUAAUGAUUGUUGCAGUGGCGAUGGAGAAGAAACCAAACACAAUAAAGCAGACUGCUGCCAAGAUAAAAACAAAAAUUCACAACACAUCAUCUUUCUUUAAGCUCUCCUUGAAAACCAACAACAAGGCUCUUGCCUUGGCUCUGGUCGCUCAGAAACAGAAAUCCAGGCAGCUUGAGAUGGAAACAGUGCGUUUACAGAAAAAUCUGCAGAGCUUGAGCUUUGACAUUGCAAUCCAACGUCAUAAAAAUAAACAAAUGUUUAUGGUUCUACGUGAGUUCUAUAAUACCUCCAUCAACUGUAUGGCUAAAGCAGUGGAGCUUAUUUCCAGUGAAGAGGCUGCAGAGAGUUUGGAGACAGAGAUUUCUGAAGAUUCUUCUCAGACUGAAAAAGAGUUUACUGCAUUGUUGUCCAGACAGAAUAACAGAACCAGUCUAUCCAACUUUGACCAACAGAAGAAUGUCCAUGGUCCAAGUGCAAAUGUGUCAAGCAUGAAUGAUAGUCAGACUCAUGGUUCUUCACCUAAAAGCAAGGUUAAGCUUCCCAGUCCAGAGAUUAACUAUACAGCAUCUCAGAACACUUUGUCUGACUCAGAGAUGGAUAUUACUGAAGUUGACAAUGUUGCUGAAAUUGUCACAGUUCAGACCAAGCCAAAGAAAAUCAGUAUGGAUUAUCAGCGAAGAACUAGUGAAGUCAGGGAGUCUUGUUCUGCAAGGAGUAGAGAGAAUGUGUUUAAGUAUAAUGAAGCAGCAGUAGAGUCCUAUUUACAAUUGAGUCAAGAGGACACAACCAAAAAUACAUCUAUGCAAUCAUCCUGUGAAACACAGCCCCAAAUAAGUACUCAAAUUUUCACUAGCAGCAAUGACAAGGAGCCAGUGGAGUCUCUGAAUGAGCGGGAAGAAUCAGUCACUGCACGGAGAAAGACUCACGUCACCUCACGUUACACCAAAAGCAACAGGCAGUCUCAAAAGCACAUUGCAGGAUAUACCAAUACAAGGCAAACAUAUGUAAUCUCUCCCCACGAAUGCAGCAAUAUUUCCUCAAGUGAUGAUUUGGAUGAUUUUUUUUCUGACCAAGAAGUUCAAAAUCAGAGAAGGAGUAAUAACAUUUUAUAUAGCUUAAAUGUACCUUGGGGAAAAGGCACUGAAAGUGAAGCUGAAAUACCAAAACUCCAAAACAACUGUGUAGACAGUAGAAAAACGUAUGUAAUCUCACACAAGUCAAAACCACAAAGUAGGAAGACUAAAGUUUCCUCUUUCAGUAUGGAUCAAAGUUUAAAGGAUCCUGCUGAAUUUAAUGAAGUUUACACUGAUGUCAAGCAAAUCUCUGUCCACACAGAAAAACAUCAAAGUAAGCAGUCAGCUCAGUCAUUGUCUCAGACAGAAGAAUGCAAUACACAGAGGAACAGAGAAACGUAUGAGAUCCAUACAGGUCUGAGAUCUCUCAACAGUGACCCCCUGAAUCAUACAUUAGACAUUCAUGCAACUAUCAGAUCUAAGGAAACGACAAAUGCAAGAGAUUUGGCAAUGACAUGUGAUACACAGUGUACCUUAGAGGUGAUCGAGGGGCAGCAGUUAGAGAAAGAGGUGUCUUAUAUACCUGGGAGUUUAUUUGAACAACCAAGGCCUUUGUAUGAUGAAAAUGCAUCUAGUCAUUCUCCAGUAACAAACAUUAAAGCCAAGAAACCCAAGACAAAACCCAAGGUGAUAAAAGAAAGAAAGCAGAAUUUUACAACAAGAGAAAAUGCAUCAGGAAAGAAAAGAGGACACAAGUAUAGCUCUACUCAAAAUUUUGACAUCUUGCCAAAAGUAAUACCAAUACCAGAUGAAAAUAUAAAGAAAAACAGCACUUCUUCUAACAUAUUACAGGAGCAUGCAGAAGGGGUGAAAUCUUCUGUUUUCAAGGAAGCUUUAAUGGAAGCGCCUGUAGUUGAGACUGGGGACAGAAACCGCACAAAUGAACAAGUUGACCACAAUAGUGCCUUGUGCUCCAUUAAUGAUGUUGGCAUGAAUUUGGGUGAUGUCAGUCCAACACUUCACAAUAUUCAAAACUGCAAGGACAAAUGCAGAAAAACAUAUGUUUUGUCCAAUUGCAAUUCACAGUUAAAGAAAAAUGUUCUAGAUUUUAGUAACAAUGAAGAAAGUUUCAUUAAAAAUGGAGAAAGCGAAAUUUCUUUUGUUUGUUUUGAUGACCGUGGCAAUGAGUCAACCCCAAGAAGGGCAGGGCAGUUGCAGAAGGAGAAUGGCUUAUUCUCUGAAGAAAGGCCUCCAUGGGAAUCCCUUGAUUUUGGCUCCACUGGGAUUUUUACUUGUGAUGAUCCUGACAGUCCUGUCACAAACCACAAAGAUUCAGAAGAGAUGUCAUCACGAAUAAUGGACAUUUAUGAGGAACCUGGGAGUAACGUGUCACACCAAUCUCCAGAUGGAAGAGCAAUGAAGAACUUAACAAACACAGACUUGACAGCCAAUCUUUUAAGCCGAUCACGCAGGAUGGCAGCUCAUGUAUCAUACAAGGAGCCGCCUCUCAACUGUAAAAUGAGGCGUGGGGACAAGUUCUCAGAUACCAGAUUUUUAAGUUCUCCUGUCUUUAAAGACAAAAAGAAAAAAAAGGUUAAGAAAAACAAUGUGUAAACUACUUAUAUAAGUUGUACAGUUAGAAUUAUAAGUUAACAUUUAUGUUUUGUUUGAAUUACCUUUUUAUUUAUUUCAAUAUAUAGUUGCAGCCACAUUUUUAUAAUUUAAAACGACCACUGAUUACAGGGUAAUUUAGACCUCUGUUUAAAUGGCCUAUGGAAUUCCAUCUCUCUAUUGGUUGCUAUGUUACUUAAGUAUUGACAGGACUGUCAGGGAGUGAAUGAAUAAUUUAAAGUGAGCACCUGAGACUUUUACUGCUGCUGCGGAAUAGUUGUCUUUUGUUUCUUUUAUAAUAUGCAGUAACAUAGUGGUUAGAUUCUGGUUUUUUUUUUUACUUUUUAUGUACGUGUUGAAAGUCUUGGAACAUUUGGUGAGUUUAACUGCUUUAUUAUUUCAGUCAGAUUUAAAGACUUGUUUGUUCACAUGUGAAGUGUCAUGUUCUUGCAACUGAUUUUUUUUAUGACUACACUACUGUGUGUUUUUUUUUUUUUUUUUUUUCCAUUUUUUUUUUUUAAAUGUACUCUUUGCACACAUUUAAAAUUUUGUAUUUUUCUUAUGCAUAGGUUGCUUUCCCUGUGCUUACAAAGUAGGAUUUUACAUUGGCCUUUGGUAUAAACUACCCAAGAGGUGAUUGGAGACUAAAAUAUGAAUGUAUAACAUAUAAUGUUUUUAGUCUGUUGUAUUUUUGUUAGUUUUGUGUUUUCUCUCUCGGAUUAUUUAAUAUUAUUAUUUCAGUGUACACAUUUGGAAAUAAAUGUCCUCCUGAUCCAGU